UCCAUACAUUUGCAAUUUGACACCGUACAAAGCCCACUACUCCGUCCCUGACACCAGCAUCGACACCUGUUUUUCUUCUCUGUCCGGCUGAUAUGUCGUGCCGCACUCGAAUUCUGUGCAAGAGCCCAUGGCAAGCGACAAUCACCAGACGCAACCAUGCAAGAGGCGAUGGCAAGCACACUCUGGCAGCAAAACAACAACGCAUGUCGUCCUUAUGCUUGUUGUCCAUGCACCUGGUGACCUGGCCAAAGUACUCAUGUGCGCUUUAUGCUCAGUGGAGCAGGCAUACAGAUGCGAUCUACCGUCCUUUUAAACAAGGAUCCGGAUACAUAAUUGCGUGCAGACCAGUAUGUGCUGAUCGGCAGGACAAAGGCCAGCAAGGCCGGCUGGCCAGUCUCUGGAUAUAUUGUGGCCUUGAGAGUUUAGACGAUUUCGCAAGGAGAAGUGGGCAGACAUACGCGCGGCUGCUCUUCGGUAUGUUUGUAGAAUGGAGAAACGCAAAUCGUCGCCGCGGAUCGCCGCUGUGUAUGCCGACAAGAGUGGUGAUGUCCCUGGCCCAAGAGACAAAGGUUUCUGCUCAGCUGCAGCUCAAGCCAUGCGUGCUCUCCCCGUCCCGAUGCAUGCGCUUGCACGACCCUUGAAAGGGGUAAAAAUAGAACCGCCAUGUCCCUUUUAAUUCGCACUGAAUGCGAACAUUGGUUCCUUCCAAAUGCUGCCGCGGCGGGUGCUCGAUGUGCAUGCCUAUUGCGUACCCGAUGCCUGCGCGUGUGAAAUCGCUGAUUCGUCGGUCCAUCGCACUGUGGGUGAAGGAUGGCGGCUGCGAUUUCUGUUCUGUGUUCUUUGGCUGUGGUGGGCUUUGUAGACACAAGGGGGAAUCCCACUGGCUGGCGCCCUGACUGCUUGCUGUUGGCACGGCUUUCCCCGAUCCUCGCCCCUCGCUAAUCGGGUUUCAAGCGUGUUUGCUGUCCGUCAAUGACAUAAUUCGCUGAUCUCUUGGCCAAGCCAGACCCAAUGGCCGAAACUGGAGCCACACUGAGAGCCAUGCUG